UCAAUUCAAUAGAUGCAAUACUAUGCAUACAAUUAAUAUUAAUACAAUAUAAUAAUUGUUUAUUGUAUGGUUGUUAAAUCUUUGUUAAUAAUUAAAAAAAUAAAUAAUUGUUAAAUAAAUUUAAAUUGUAUUGUGUUGAUUGUCCUCAAUCUAUGUAUAUGACUGACUGUCACUGCACCCCACCUGAUAAGAAGUGGCACCCUAAAAGAAGUUAAGUAGCAAUAACAGGACAACAUAAGCUGCACAUUAGAGUGAAAGUAGACAACGUUCAAACGCCCAUGUGACAUCUUUCUAUACGACAAACGUCAUGGCAGCUAUGAGUGUGAACCCUGGAGAGGCUACAGGAGGUGCAGAGGCUGAAGAAAGUGAAUGUCAAGUUCACCGUUACCAACAUAUUGAGAACAAUAGAUUUAUCAUAUUCACUGGUGGCAGUAAAAGCAAACAUGUCUUGAUAGGAGGGCCCAAGACACUACACCUGAUAGAUUUGGACACAUAUGAAGAUUGCAGUGCUGUACUGAAGUAUGAUUCAAAAAAGACAUUCAACUUGGGACUCUGGCAUCCAACAGAAGCACAACAUUUUCUUACUACUAGUAAACAAAGACUGGAUUUGUGGGAGCUGAGGCCAGAUUGCUGUCAAAUAAUGUCCACAGUCAAGGGACAGGAUUGUCAAAUUCGUAAUCUGGAUUGGAAUCCGGUCAAUGGUACUCGAGUUGCAGUAUGCCAUGGUAAUUGGCAUACUUAUCUGUUUGACACCAGAGAUUUCAGGAGGGUUUGCACCUGGGUCCGACAUGCCGCAACAUCCAACAUUGUGAAGUGGUGCAAAGUGAACGAGGAUCUCCUGGCUACAGUUCAUGAUGAUUACACCAACGUCUGGGAUUUCAGGAGCCUGAAGAAUCCUGUUAACAGACUGAACAUGGUAGCCCAUGUAAAUUUUAUAACUGAUUUGGAUUGGUCACCUCAUUCUUAUGAGUUGAUGUCGAGUAGUCGAGAUGGCACCGUUAGGGUGUUUGACAUUAACAAAGGGAAAAAGGUUCACGAUAUAUACAACAUCUCAAGGAUUGUGGCUCGUGUCAAAUACAUGGUGCCAAUUAGAGAUAUGGUGACGAUUAAGUUCUUGCGAAUGGUGGCAGAUGCAAAUUCAGAUGAGGACGAUCUCUGUUUGUGGAAGAUGAAAGAUGCAAGCUCACCAAGACAGUCUACAUAUGCCUUCCCUAGUUCAAACAACAUCAAAAGGUGGUUCAUCAGAUCCACAGCUGAUGUGUUAAAGAUCGGGUUUUGUGAAGGUCGCCAAUAUCCUGAAAAGAUAAGGUACGAGAAGGAAACUGAAAAAAAAAAUCCCAGUUAUCAGCUGGUAGCGUGGGCCACACAAAGUUGCGUUAAAGUUUGGAACAUGGAUAUAGCCAUUAAAAAGUCCAGUGAUCCGAGUUCAUUGACAUCGUCCACUGACGACUUGCAACAGCAACAGCAGCAACAACACAAAUCUGAUUCACUACUCAAUGAAUUCGAAUCCUUGGUUGAAUAUUCAUGCAUCACUUUCGAAAAAAAAUCAUACGAGGAGAGGCUUCUGCAACUGAAGUAUGAUUCUCGAAAGUUGUGCAUGAAAAUGGACAUGAGGUUUCCCCCAGAUUACCCCAAGCAUGCCACUCCCGUCUUUGCAUUCAUCAGCACCAACAACAUGAACACCAGUGCCAGGGAAAAACUUCAUGACGAUCUGUUGAGUAGGGCUAGAUCAUGUCAGAGGUCAGGUGUGGGUUGCAUCAAUCAGUGCAUGCAGGUCAUUAUGAAGUUCGUCGAAGACAUGCUGAAACCAGGAUCAGAAAUGAUGCCAGAUGUCACUGAACUGGAACGGAUGAUUGGACAGAAUGUUCCUUUCCCCAGAACCUCAGGAGCCAGAUUUUGUGGAGCCGGCUCCCUUGUUUGUUUCACCCGACCGAUGUGGCUGGAGAUUGGUAACAUCGACAACCCACCCAACAUCGACAACCCACCAAACGUCGACAACCCACCAAGCAUUGAACAACCAGCAGCCCAAGAAACAGCCAGAAAGAAGAACACAUCAGAAUCAUCUGAGCCUACUCCGAGAGCAUUAGCAGCCCUUGCAGACGUCAAAACAAAAACAACAAAGCCUCUGAAGUUUUCUAUGGCCAGAAGUUGUCCAAUGAAUCCAAUGGACCAUGCAUCUCUAAUAUCAGCAUACUUUGAAACUCAUCAACCAGUGAUGAAGCACCGCCCUCGGAAACACAAGUCAAAAUCUUCAAAGGAAACUUUGGGUCCUGUCAUCAUUUACGAUGUUUCCUGUCUCGAACCUAUCCAUAAACAACUCGGAGAAAAUUACACGUUGGAUCUAAAUCCCUUGGUCAUGUGUCGAAAGAAUGCUCAGAUAGCUCUUGCAUACAACAGGAGAGAUUUAUCUCAAGUGUGGUCACUAGCUGCAUUGCAGGUAGAGCAGGCAGAACGUUCCAGCAACAAUUCGGCAGACAAGUCCAUCCUUUGGUCACUUACUCCAUUUGGCAGAAGUCUCGUUAAAAAAUGGUACGACUAUUACAUUAUGUUGAAGGACUUCCAGAUGCUGGCCAUGCUCUGCUGCGUCUUCUCCCUUCCCAAAGUCACCAGAACAAGUCCUAAACCACCGAGAGAGUUUGAUACUCAUGUCAGAAAAAGUUCUGUGUUCUUCUCUCCAACUCGAACAGCAGCCAACGUUUCAAAAAGAAAGCAUUCAAAUAGUUUAUCAGAAACGGGGGCUUCCGCCGAGAUGACAACCUCAUUUCAACAAGAAAUUGACUUCAUUCAGUUCCAUCAAAGCAAAAAUGAAAAGAACGUUGCACAGUGCCAGAGGUGGCUGAAUCCCUUGCAACAAAAUCUCUACAGCAACUUCAUCCACUGCUAUGCCAAUACGCUGUUCAGAUGGGGCUUCGUCAAUCAACGGUCGGAACUUCUCGACUUUCUUCCGUCAUCCGAAAAAGAACUUCAAAAAAGCUGCGUUGGCUACAGACGUAAUGUCAAAAAAUGUGCCUUAUGUGAACUGCCUGUUCAUGGAUUGCUGAUAUUCUGCUUCGAAUGCGGACAUGGGGGUCACGUCAUCCACCUUUCCUCGUGGUUCAGCAAGCAUGACAUGUGUCCAACUGGCUGUGGAUGCAUUUGCACGUCUGGAAUACAUAAUUCCAUGUUCUAAUAAUGCAAUGCUAGGAAAUUUUUCAAGAUUUAAGAUUGAAAAAUGCCAAAGUACCUACAACUUGUGAACUACUAUAAAA